AUGAAGUAUAAGUUGGAGAGACUUGCGGAUUUAUAUGUGAGGGAGAUAAUCAGGCUCCAUAAAGUGUUAACUAGUGUGGUGUCUGAUAGAUACCUGAGGAGAGCUCUGAAAUCUUGGAAGCUAUCUUCUAAGUUCAUUAGGCCAUUCAAGGUGCUGAGUAGAAUUGGUCCUGCCACGUAUCGAAUAGCGUUACCUUCGAAUCUCUCAAAUCUACAUAUGGUGUUUCAUGUGUCACAGCUCAGGCAGUAUGUGCUAGAUCCUUCUCACGUGAUCGAUCUUAACCCGGUUCAAGUGAGAGAGAACUUGUCCUACGAUGUGUACAUAGUGAGGAUUGUUAACCACCGUGUUAAGAAAUUGAGGGGCAAGGAAAUCUCAUUGGUGAAGGUGAUUUGGAGCUCAAGUGACGAAGGAGAUGCCACAUGGGAAACAAAGAGUAGGAUGAGAGAGAUGUAUUUAUAG